UGCUUUCUAAUUGCAGACUCCGAUGACCGUCCCGGGGUUGUUUUACACAUAACAGGCACAAACAAUCCAGCUGAGAGCACUGGGUCUUGCUCGGCCCGGGAGAGUUUGAGCUCGUGAAGCAAGACCUAAGCACGUCCAGUAUUGCCCAGAGUCGAACGCCAGCAUGUCCAACCUUCCGGCAACCAUGAAGGCUGUGGUCUUCCACGGACCCAAACAUGUCGCUGUGGAAGACAGGCCCGUUCCCAAGUUGCAACAACCCACCGACAUCAUCGUCAAGGUCCAGGCCACGGCACUCUGCGGCUCAGAGCUGCACGUCUUCCGCGGCCACCAGCCCUCACCCACCGGCUUCAUCAUGGGCCACGAGUUCGUAGGCACCGUCGUCGAAGCAGGCAGCGCGGUCACGACCGUCGCGGUGGGCGACAAGGUCGUCGCGCCCUUCACCGUCUCCUGGUAAGAAAAAAGCCCUCGCCUUCCCUUUUGUUC